AUGGAUUUCAGCGGUGGCGAUGGGUGGCCAUCACAUGACAUCUCACAAGAAAAACAAAAUCAAAGUGUACAAACACUCGGCGACAAAUUGCCACUCCCAGUCACUCUCUCUGCUUUAAAAAAUAAUCUCGACGACACCAAUGAAGACGCAUAUCAGAUCGGAGAGUUCCAUUUUAGAACUAUUCACUCGGUCGGAAAUAUUCUCGAAAAAACUUCUGAAGACGGGAAAACCACCUACGUUCUUCACGAUCCCGAGAACACAGAGGCAACAUUUUUUGCGAUUCAGUUCGGACAUUACGAUGACGGUGGAUCCAAGUUUAUUUCUCCCGAUUUAAGCGAAGACGUUCGUGUACGAGUGAUGGGGAAACUCAAAAACGUUGCUGGAGAUAAAAUGCUUCUGGUUUACUAUCUUCAAAAGUUGACGGAUGACAAAGACUACGAGAUAUUCAAGCUCGAAACCGAAGUCGCGCAUCUCUUUUUUGAGAAUAAUUUCCUCGGAAGAAUGCGAAAUGGCAGUACACAUGGUUGGGAUGGAAUGUUGGCGCCACCAAUGACAAGAUACUUUCAGAAUAUUGAUCCACAUUCUAUUCUGAGUUCAGUGACUCCUCGGACUCCAAGAAAUCCCACGAGAGUCGAGCAGCAUAAACCGGCGCAAAUCACUCAUAAAACUCCGUCUGGGCUGAAGGCGAAAAUUCGAGCCUGUAUUCGUUCGGAGUCCGAUAAAGGCUCAUACGGAAGCGACCAUGGCGUUCCAUUCAUCAAAAUUCUCAACCGAAUGGGAAAUGUUCCAGAAGCGCAACUUCGUGACAUCAUCUCAGAAAUGGAGAACAGUGGAAUGAUUUACUCCGCGCAACAAGACGAAUACAUGUCUUUGAAUUGA